GAGUUGUUCGAUAAGAGGACCUGCAAGUAAUAUCCGAGUUGUCAUUUACGCUGUUCCCUCCUCUCUCAUCCCUUCCCCUCCCAUUCCCUCCCUCCCACCAAGACAGUCCCAAUUCCCCUUUCUCCUUUCUCCUUUCCCAGCACAAUGGAGGCAAUGCCCGCUUUCCUCCAGAAAUCCUGGACGCCUAAAGCCCGAAUCUUCGUCGUCUUCGCCUGCAUGCUGCUUUGCCUGACUGCCUUAUGCGUCCUGCAGUUCACACUGUUUAAACCUACAAACAAAGACUUCUAUUCUUUCCAAGUUCUAAAUUCCAGGGGGAAGCUGGUCUCGCUGGAGAAAUACAGAGGCAAAGCAUCGCUGGUUGUAAACGUGGCGAGUAACUGCGAGCACACGGACAGGAAUUACCGGGGCCUGCAGGAGCUACAGAGGGAACUCGGGCCCAUGCACUUCAACGUCCUUGCCUUCCCCUGCAACCAGUUCGGAAAAUCCGAGCCCGGCACCGACUCCCAAAUCGACAGCUUCUCCAAAACAACUUACGGAGCCACUUUCCCCAUUUUCGGCAAGAUCAGAGUGUUGGGAAACGAGAGCGAGCCUGCGUUCCGGUAUCUCGUGGAUACUACAAAGAUGGAACCCCGAUGGAAUUUUUGGAAAUAUCUGGUCAACCCAAAGGGUCAGGUGGUAAAGGUCUGGCGAACUGAAGACCCCAUGGCUGCCAUCAAGCAGAAUGUGUCAGAAUUAGUGGCAAAACUUAUAUUGAAAAAGAGAGACGAGUUUUGAAGCAGUGCUGCUGUGUUAGACAACCUCGUCGCUUGAAUGUUAAAAACAGUCACCACUCCGAAAGCUUAUACAGGCUGUUGCAGUUUAACUUGAUGGCGAACUACCCUUGCACCUGAAAUAUCCAGCCACACACAGGUGUUUUGAGCCUUGAUAUUGAAUAUUGAAAUCUAUUGAGAUAUGUCAUACACUUUCUAACAAAUAUCCAAAUAUUUUAAGUUACAAUAGAAAUGUGUUCUCUUUAUGUGGUGGAUGAAUAUCUGUUCACGUUUACAUAAGCUGAUUUGUUAGAUGGGUCCAUGACUGAUAAUAUGUUUGAAAAUUACCAACCCAGGAUUGCCCGUUCAUUAUAAACCACAACAGCAAGUUUGUAUAUGCACGGUGAUCAACUUAACUUGGUUAUAGGUAUGAGAUAAAACAACCUCUAAGCAUGAACAGAUGAUUAUCUUUUCCAAUUACUGUUGAUUUACAGUGUUCUUAAAACUAUCUAAAUUGGAAUUCUAAGUUAUAUAUUUUUAAAAUAUCAUUCAAAAAUGUCGUGUUCAUACCCAGGAUCAGACCAAAUCAAUGUCAGAGAAGUCCAGAUUUCAAGAUUCAAGUAUUGCAAAUAGUUUCAGCAGAUGUAUUGGACUAAUUGCAAAAAGGUAAAAGGGCAGGACUGCAGUUCUUGUUUACCCACAUUUUGAAAGAUAAGUUUAAUAAAUUAUGUUAAUAUGGUCAAGAAUCCAUUUGCAAUUGCUUCCUUAUACAAUAAAGCAAAAUAUGUUACCAUUAGUGUUUUGGUUGACAUCGUCCUGUAAAUAUCUAGAUGCAUCACUUUUUACAUCUGAAUGACAAACUGAUUAUGUUAAUGUUCAUAUCCACACAAUCACAGCUCUAACUUUCAGUUGUAUCUUUACAUUUUUAAUCCAGAUGACCUAGUACAUUCAUUCUAUGCACUAUUACCAUAUAAAUUCAAAAUUCUCAAUUUCUUCUUUUAGUUAUUAAUUUUAGUUCCAGGACUGAUAUUACAUAAGCCUAAAGAAAAUGUACAUUUUCAGAUAGAUUUUCUCCAAAGUUGUAAUAAAUAUAUUGGAUAGUGAUACUUUGAAACACAUCUUUGCAAUGCUCUCCUUAUGCAAUGACACAAUUUCAAUGUUACCUUUUGUUUUAGUUGUUGUGUACGUAACAUACUUUCUUUUGUGGGUGCAGUUAGCCAACAAAUAAUUUAGUUGUGUGGCGCAUGACAAAGAAUAGCAACUGGUCAAGUGUAUGUGAAAGAUUAAGGUGUAUUCCUAAAGUUACUUUGAUUUUCAUAACUAUUCACGUUACUCGUGUUAUUUACAAUGGCAAGGCCUUUCGUUUAUGAAAUAAUCAGUUAUGCCAAGUCUUAUUUUAUCAAUAUCACAAGAACAAAAAUGUUAUCAAUAUCACAAGAACAAAGAUAUUGCUGUUCUGAAGCUUCAUUUCAUAUGGCUUGAGGACAAAAAUACUAAUUGGAUCUUAUUACGGGCAACUCUGCAUUACGGUGGAUGGGAGGGGGGGGGGGGGGGUGGGUGGAUUCUUAUAAUAUUGGCCAUUUCGUGAUUUUCUGUAAAGUGAGGCUGAACAAUCGUCAAGAAACAUGAAUAAAAAUGUAAUUUUGUUUUGACUUAUUUUAUUUUCCACAUAGAUUCCACAAAAGGAAAUUUUAUUCUGUAUCUUAAAUUUUAAUGUGGUGUUUUAUGAAUUCUAUACGGGUAAAUUACAUUUCUGUAACCCGGUUGGCCCUAAUAUAAGGAUUGUUAAUACUCUGUCAGCAUCUCCAAAAUGGAGGAACACAUUUCUUACAUAUGUCUCUUCAUGUCUUCUCAUCAAUUUUUGUUUUAUUAAUUUACCACUGUAUUGUUAUUUUCAUUGUUUAAUACGUACUGUUUCAGUGUUUCUCUCUUUACUGGUUGUUCUAAACCCAUAUAAUGAAAGUAGGAGAAUUCCCCAAAUAGAAUAGUUAGACCAUAUGAAAUAUAUGCAGUAGGCCAUUUAGCCCUUUGAUCCUGCUCUAUGGCUGAUCUAUGAUCACUUACAGUAACCUUACAGUAACCCUUUCACUGCUUUCAAAUU